AUGGCGAAUCCCUGUUUUGGAACAGAACUAAAGUUUUCUACAUCGAUUACUCUGGCUUCAUUAUACGGCGUGGUAGCGCUACCCGCCAUCCUUGGAAACGUAGUGUUUCUUUGGGUUAUCUACAAAGCUCGCACUAUCAGAACUUUUUCCAACCUUCUACUGAGCUCGUUAGCAACGGCGGAUCUUUUAGUGGGGCUACUCAUUGAUCCACUGUGGAUCGCAAGGUGCGUCUUACCACGGCGUCCGUAUCAUAAUCCGUUUAAAAUCGCCAUCGACUCGCUAUGGAUUCAAACGAGUGUAACCACAACAUUUAGCUUGUGUAUUGUGAGCUUGGACAGGUACAUCGCAGUACGGUCGGCUCUUCUGUACAAUCAGAUCGUCACAACAAGAAGAUGCUGCAUGGCGGUAGUAUUUGUAUGGCUGGCAUCUCUGGCGUUUGGACUUUCAAGGAUCUUUGUUACAAACCCUGCAAAUUUGCCGGCACUAUGGAUGUGUGUGACGGUAGUGACAAUUCUUAUCCCGAUGGUUUUAAUCAUUUUUUGCUACUACCGGAUUUUGGAUGUUGCCAAAAAAAAAUAUGUAAUAAUUGCGAAGCACAACGUCCAGCGAGGCGUAGAGCUCGUCAUCGAGGGAGUUCGGAACCGAAAGACAGCUACCACGGUAGGCUUUGUUGUAGCGUUGUUUAUCAUCUCGUGGCUACCAAGUCUAGUUACGUCCUUUAUCCAUUUGACAACGAGUGAUCAUUGCUUGAAGCGACAAAUGCGUUCAGUGUGGCUAUGGGUCGAGCUAAUAGCGUUCUCUUCAUCCGGAAUAAAUCCAUGGUUAUAUUCACUACGAAACGACGAAUUCAGGAAGGGAAUGAAACGCGCUUUCGCAACUAAACGAAUUUCUUUACGAAAAAAAAAUGCGAAAAGAGUGGACGUGAAGUAG